UACUGACUACGACAAUUUUAGUAUAUAUAGACAUAAAGCUUUCAACUGAGAGGUAGUCUUUUAAAGAACCUGGAAAAAGUGACCGCACCUGACGCUACCAUGAAACUGACAAUCGUCCUGGGAGUACUUUCAUUGAUGAUAAUUCCAAGAAAAGGAUCAUGUGGGAAACUAAACCUAACAGACGAAGUCAGGAAAUACAUUCUUGCCUACGUAGGCGAAGGUAUUCAAGCCUUCAACUUGACAGGUGGCCUUCAGGUCCUCAAGGAACGGCCCACGGUUAAGGCGACCGUAAACGAUAUUACGUACGAUGGUGACUGCAAACAGCCAAAAAACUUGACGUAUCCCAAGUGCAAAGAUUAUUAUUUCUGGUACAUAUACCGAAGCAUAGUGACUCCUUUUCUCCUGCCGCUCAAUCUUACUGUUCUAUAUAAGGGUCAAACGAACCAAACUUCCGAAGUUAACCUCAACAACGCUACAUUCGUCAUGUGGAAUCCUGAAAAUUUGACAACGCCGCUUGAUUAUGGCCACAAUUAUUCCGAAAAGAAAUGUAAUUUCAGCUUUGAGGUUCGCCUAAAGGGGAAGUUUGCUUACCGAGUCCUGAAAACAAAGGGGGACAAGCCGAAGGAGGAUGCUCUGGGCAUUGGACUGGUCGCCGAUCUUAAUAAAGAGUUGGUGAAGAGUGAUGACCUAACUGCAACCUACAACGCGGGCGGAGUAUUUCAGCACACUGUGAUAUGUUAACAGCAAGGAGGAACAACCGAGAAAAAAAGGUGCGACAAAUACGGGAUAAUAAUAAUGUAAACAUAAAGAAUAAUAAUAAAGUCAGUUUGCGCAGUUA